ACAACAAACCGGUAGUCAUAAAAACAGCUGAUUAUUUGUUUACUGCUAAAAAAUAGUUGAAAUUUGUUUCGUGGCAAUUAACUAUCCAUUAAGGUAUUGUGCUUUAAGUGGUAAAACUUAAGCUUAAAUGGACUGCAGGUGUAGCUGCAAGCAAGUCGUGGGAAAAUUGUCACAUUUCUUUAAAUAUGAAGAUGAGACCGCGAAAAGCUUUAUGGUUAAUAAUGUGGCACUUACGACGUUUUUUCACGCAAUUUGCUGAAGAAAUCAGCUCACCUACCGAUUUAAUUAGCUGCUUGCAGCAAACGCCUCAGAAGAUACAUAACAGUUUUGGCGGUUAUCGUAAUCUCGAUAGCUUAACAUGGCUACACAAUGCAGCACCAUGUUUUCCGCUCCGCGGUGAACAAAUUCAAAUAAUUCAUGAGCCGCAUCACUUCUAUGAAACGCUCGUGCAACGUAGUGCGGCAGCUCGAGAGCGUAUUGUACUAGCCAGUCUAUAUCUGGGUACAGGUCAAUUGGAAAACGCUUUCGUACAAACAUUACGUAGCAGCUUACAACAACAAUCCUCACUGCAUGUCAAUGUACUAUUGGACUUUACGCGCGGUACCCGUGGGGAAGUCAACUCCAAAACGAUGCUUUUGCCGCUUUUACGAGAUUUUGGCGACCAGAUGAGAUUAUCACUUUAUCAUACACCAGAUUUACGUGGUAUGACGAAAAGAUUAGCUCCACCACGUUGGAAUGAGUUACUCGGGCUGCAACACAUGAAAGUUUAUCUCUUCGAUGACGCUGUUCUUAUAUCGGGAGCGAAUUUGUCAAAUGAUUAUUUCACGAAUCGUCAAGAUCGUUAUAUACUCAUUGAAGAUAAACCACUUGCAGAUUUUUAUGCACAGUUUAUUGCUAGAGUGCAGGAAUUUAGUUUGGCUGUUAAUAAAAAUGCACAGGAAGAAUUGCAUAAAGAUGGAAAAAUUCUACCAUAUGAAGGUGUAAAAGAAGAAUUCAUUAUGCACGCAAAACAGCGUAUAUCUGAUUUUAUGAAGGAUACCUACAUUCAGCAGCAGAAAAUAGUGGAGGAACAGAAAGGUGCUGAUACGUGGAUAUUCCCGCUGGUUGAAAUGGGUCAAAUAGGUAUUCACCACGACAGCCUUGUGACUAAGCAACUCCUAUCAUCGCCAAUUGAAGGUUCCCGCCUAAAACUUGCCACCGGUUAUUUUAAUUUAACUCAGGAAUACAUGGAUACCUUGGCUAGUAAUUGUUUGGCUCAGUGCAGUAUUCUAAUGGCCCAUCCUAAUGCCAACGGGUUUCAAGGUGCUAGUGGUCCAGCUGGUGGUAUACCAGCGGCCUACACAUUAAUAGCAAAGAAGUUUUACGAAAACCUUGUGCAACUGAAGCAAAAUCAUCGUGUGAACUUUUUUGAGUAUGAAAAAGAAGGUUGGACCUAUCAUGCCAAAGGAUUAUGGUAUUAUCUGCCAGGCACUUCAUUUCCUAAUGCUACGCUGAUUGGCUCUUCAAACUUUGGCGAACGUUCUGUGAAUCGAGAUCUUGAAACACAAGUGUGCCUAGUUACCACAAACGAUGGAUUGGCAGAACGCUUACAAUGCGAAGCUGACCGACUCUUUAGUUCUUCAAGUACUGCAGAGAAUGAAAUUACCUUAAGACCUGUACCUCAUUGGGUACAAGCUGUAGUUAAAGUAUUUAGAAAUUUCUUUUAAGUGGUGGCCAAUGUCUACAAUAGACAUUUGGUAACAAUGCUGUACUGUCACAGGCAUAAAGGACUCUGGGAACAACUUUAAGUUAAGGAGUGUGAAUUUAAUAGCCACCCCCAAAUUAUAAAAAAAAUUGCUUUGCUGAAUUUUAUAUAAAUUUGAGGAUAAGUUAGCUUUAUCUCCGAUAUUAUCUAUUUUUGUACUAUGUGUAUAGUCUUUAUUGGAGUUAGUUGCACAACAAACAUGUUGGAUAUAGCAAUUUUUUUCAAAAUAUUUUAAUAUACUACAAUAUUUUUUUCUUUUUAAAUAUGGUUUUCUUAUAUACGGUUUCAAAUAUCUGUUUAUAUUUAUGGAGUUUGUAUGUCGAAAAGCCCAAAUUUAAUACUUGUAUGAAAUAAUAAAUAAUUACGAUUUUAAUUGCUA